GGGUUUGUUACAGUGUUGGUUUUCCAUGAGCAAAACAGGCCACGAAUUGCGCUGGCUGUUAAUCAACCCAUUUCCUUUUCUGCUUGUAUUUUAUUUUGUAUUCUUUCUUUUCCUUUUCUUUUUUGUUAUUCUUCUCGUUUUACUAUUUAUUUGCACACACAUACACAUACACAUAUACGCACGCACGCACUCACUCACGCACACAGAGGUUCCGAUGAUUCGCUUCAUCUUCGUGCAGAACCGGCAGGGCAAGACGCGGCUAGAAAAGUGGUAUGGCAGCUACAGCGACCAGGAAAAGCAAAAGCUCAAGGCGGAGGUCCACCGCACAGUAGCAUCCCGCGACCAAAAACACCAGUCAAACUUUGUCGAGUUCCACAAUCACCGCAUCGUGUACCGUCGCUACGCCGGUCUGUUUUUUUGCUUCUGCAUUGACACUAACGACAAUGAGCUGGCGUACCUCGAGGCCAUCCACCUAUUUGUCGAGGUGCUUGACUCGUAUCAUGGCAAUGUGUGUGAGCUGGACUUGGUGUUCAACUUUUACCUGGUAUACGCUGUCCUUGACGAAAUGAUUCUAGCCGGUGAGAUCCAAGAGACCAGUCGUAGCGUUAUUCUUGGGCGGUUGGACCAGCUCAACAACCUCGAGUGACGGGUGUCCCCUGCUUAUUUCUCUUGUAGCAGAGCCUAUAAAUAUUUUUAACGUCAGCUUUUUUUGUUUAUUUCUCAUCAUGCAUGUAUUAUCUUGAUAAACGG